CUUUUUUCUUAUAAUACAAAAAUAAUGUCUACACCUACUCAGGCAACAAUCAACUCUACUGCUUCUAGUGAUAGAAGACCAGUCCCUGUAAAACUAGUUUUGUUGGGCGAGUCUGCUGUUGGCAAGUCCAGUCUUGUUAUUCGCUUCGUAAACCAUGAAUAUUCUGAAAACCGUGAGCCUACCAUUGGUGCCGCCUUCUUGACACAGAAAUGCACAGUAGAUGAUCGAACUGUGAAAUUUGAAAUUUGGGAUACAGCAGGUCAAGAACGUUUCCAUUCUUUAGCUCCUAUGUAUUACAGAAAUGCUCAAGCAGCCAUUGUUAUGUACGAUAUUACAAAGGCCUCUACAUUGGACAAAGCUAAAGGCUGGGUGAAAGAAUUACAACGCCAAGCUAAUUCACAAAUAGUCAUUGCUCUUGUUGGCAACAAACUCGAUUUAGUUGAAAGUGAUAAUCAUGAAGAUGAACAAAACAACAGACAAGUGGCAUAUGAAGAAGCUUCUGCUUAUGCGUCCGAAGCAGGGCUCUUGUUUUUUGAGACCAGUGCUCGAACUUCGAUGAAUGUAGAUGAUGUCUUUACCGAAAUUGCCAAAAAUAUUCCUCAUGAUUAUCUUGCCAACAACAGAAAUGGAUCUCGAGUUGCUGGAGGCAAUGGAAGUAGUGCACGCCUUGACCUUUUACGUGAAACAGGCACUAAUGGACAAAGUUCUAAUAGUUGUGCUUGUUAAUUCUCUAUAUCUGUGUAUAAUACUAUUAAUGAUUCUCCUUUUUUUUUAAUUUUAAUCUUGUAAAGUGUCAACAUUUUAAAACUAGUAUAAUGAAUAAACAAAUAGCACUUAAUAAGGAUUGUAAGCUGAACGAGCUA